GAUGCCAUCCAGAACGUGCCUGUCUCUGCCAGAUGACGUGAGGAAAAGGUUGGAGAUGCUGGAUGAGGAUGGAUCUUCAGAGGAGGACCAAGUGAAGGAGAAGCUCAAGUUGGUGCAGGACUUCCUGCACGACGAUGCUCAAGACCAACUGUCCAGCCUUGAAAAAAAAAUGAAAAAGUCCGAGAUCUCAAAGGAGGUUUACAUCUCAAAAGUGAAAGCCUUGCUGGGUAAAGAACUUCAUCGGGAAAAUGGCUCAUGUGUUGAUGAUGUGAAGCAGAAUGGAAAAGCAAACGGGUUCACUAAUGGCUCUCAUAAAGACAAAAAGGAUGAAGAUGGCAAUGUAACCAUGGACACACAGGAAGAAGAAGCAGUCAAGUCACCACCUGCUUCAAAGGGGAAGGGUGGACGCAAAAGCAAGGGAAGCACAGACACAAUAAAGUCACCAGCCAGUUCCAGGGUUACAAGAAACAAUACGAAACAGCCAACCAUCUUAUCAAUGUUCUCUAAAGUUCAAAAGCGCAAGUCUGAUGAAUUGAAUGAAGAAGCCGUGAACGGAACAAAUGAAGUGAAAAAAGAAGACGACGCGGACGAGUCUCGUGAGGAGAAGCGACUCAAAGUGGAUUCAGAUGAAAAACCUGCCCCUGAGGAGUUAAAGACUGAAACUGCUAAGCCAGUGUCUACUGCAAAGACGCCUCCCCCCAAAUGUCUAGACUGCCGACAGUACUUGGAUGACUCCGAUCUGAAGUUUUUUCAAGGAGAUCCUGAUAACGCGCUGGAGGAGCCAGAGAUGUUGACAGACGAGCGUCUGUCUCUGUUCGACUCCAACGAGGAUGGGUUCGAAAGCUACGACAAUUUGCCGCAGCACAGGAUCACAAACUUCAGUGUGUAUGACAAGCGUGGCCAUCUUUGUCCGUUUGACAAUGGGCUGAUCGAGAGGAACGUGGAGCUUUACUUCAGCUGUGUUGUUAAACCCAUUUAUGACGACAACCCGUGCUUGGAGGGUGGCGUUUUUGCCAGAAAGCUGGGCCCAAUCAAUGCCUGGUGGAUCACUGGUUUUGAUGGAGGAGAAAAGGCUUUAAUCGGUUUCACAACAUCUUUUGCCGACUACAUCUUGAUGCAGCCCAGUGAGGAGUAUUCUCCCAUCUUUGCACUCAUGCAGGAGAAAAUCUACAUGAGCAAGAUCGUGGUGGAGUUUCUCCAGAAGAAUCGCGACGCCUCUUAUGAGGACCUUCUCAACAAAAUUGAGACGACUGUCCCUCCUGCAGGACUUAACUUCAACUGCUUCACCGAAGACACGCUGCUGCGUCAUGCCCAGUUUGUGGUGGAGCAGGUGGAGAGUUACGAUGAGGCUGGGGACUCGGACGAGCAGCCUAUCAUCGUCACGCCCUGCAUGAGAGAUCUGAUCAAACUCGCAGGAGUCACUCUGGGGAAAAGGCGAGCUGCCAGAAGACAGGCUAUCCGUCAUCCGACAAAGAUCGAGAAGGACAGUAAGGGACCGACUAAGGCAACCACGACCAAGCUGGUCUAUCAGAUCUUUGAUGCCUUCUUUGCUGAUCAGAUAGAGCAAAACGAUAAAGAAGGCGGAGCCAAAAGACAGCGGUGUGGAGUCUGUGAAGUUUGCCAAUCGCCCGAUUGUGGCAAAUGCGUAGCCUGCAAAGAUAUGAUCAAAUUUGGAGGAAGUGGCAAAAGCAAGCAAGCUUGUAAGCAACGGAGAUGUCCAAACCUUGCUGUAAAGGAGGCUGAAGAUGAUGAGACUAUUGAGGAGGAAGACGUUCAAGUAGAGAAGCCUAAAAAGGUCCUCAAUGCCAAGAGGAAGAAGCAGACCCAGUCCAAGCUCGCAUGGAUUGGAGAGCCUGUUCAGACUGUGGGAAAGAAGCAGUACUAUAAGAAGGUCUCUGUGAACGAUGAAGUGCUGGAAGUCGGAGAUUGUGUCUCGGUUUCAUCAGAUGAUCCGUCCAUACCUCUUUAUUUGGCGAGGAUCACGUCUCUGUGGGAAGACAAUAAUGGAAAGAUGUUUCACGCCCACUGGUUCCUUCGUGGGAUUCACACGGUGCUCGGCGAGUCCUCUGAUCCGCUGGAGCUCGUCGUCGUGGACGACUGUGAAGACAUGCUGCUCACUUACGUCCAAGGAAAAGUGAACGUCACGUACAAGCCCCCGUCUGAUAACUGGGUCAUGGAGGGCGGCAUGGAUGUUGACCUCAAAGUGAUUGAGGAUGAUGGGAAGAGUUUCUUCUAUCAGUUCUGGUAUGAUCUUGACUUUGCUCGAUUUGAGACUCCCCCUGAGGCCUGUCCAUCAGAAGAAUGUGAGUUCAGGUUCUGCGGCAGCUGUGCUCGUACUAAAGCGAGAGACGAUCAGGAAAUCCCUCAUGCCUUUGAACCCCUGGAGAACGAAGACGGCAACACCAAAGUUCUUUAUGCUUUGGCCUGCUUCAUGGGACAACAGUUCAGGGUGGGAGACGGCGUCUACCUGCCCCCUGAAACCUUUAAUUUCAGCGUGAAGCCAGCCAGUCCAGUGAAACGCUCCCACAGGAAGGAGGACGUCGACGAAGAUCUGUACCCUGAGUACUACAGGAAAUCGUCGGACUACAUUAAAGGGUCGAACCUGGACGCUCCGCAGCCAUUUCGUAUCGGGCGCAUCAAGGAGAUCUUUUGUCACCGACGCAGCAACGGGAAAUCUGACACCGGCGAGGUCAAACUGAGACUCUACAAGUUCUACAGGCCGGAGAAUACCCACAAAGGUGUCAAAGCUAGUUACCAUACGGACAUCAAUCAGCUCUACUGGAGCGAUGAAGAAGUGACCGUCAGCAUGGCGGACGUCCUCGGUCGCUGUCAAGUAGAGUACGCAGAAGACCUGAAUGAAUCGGUCCAGGACUACUCCAGUGGUGGACCAGACCGCUUCUAUUUUCUGGAGGCUUACAACGCCAAAUCAAAGAGCUUUGAAGAUCCUCCAUAUUAUGCUCGCUCUUCCGUUAAUAAAGGGAAAGGAAAGGGCAAAGGAAAAGGUAAAGGCAAAGGAAAAGCUGUGCAGGAACCACAGGACUCUCCCAUAGAGCCACCUAAAGUGUCUAAAUAUCGCACUCUGGAUGUGUUCUCCGGCUGCGGUGGACUUUCUGAAGGCUUCCACCAGGCGGGCAUCUCUGAGACUCUCUGGGCUAUAGAGAUGUGGGAACCUGCAGCGCAGGCCUUCAGGCUCAACAACCCCGGCACCACCGUGUUCACAGAGGACUGCAACGUCUUGCUGAAGUUAGUCAUGUCAGGAGAGAAGACCAACUCUCUUGGCCAGAAGCUGCCGCAGAAGGGAGAUGUGGAAAUGCUGUGUGGCGGGCCUCCGUGUCAAGGUUUCAGUGGCAUGAAUCGCUUCAAUUCUCGAACUUAUUCCAAAUUCAAGAACUCUCUUGUGGUCUCGUAUUUGAGUUACUGCGACUACUACAGACCAAAGUUUUUCCUGCUCGAGAACGUAAGGAACUUUGUUUCGUUCAAAAACUCCAUGGUCCUUAAGCUGACUUUACGCUGUCUUGUGCGAAUGGGUUACCAGUGCACGUUCGGGGUCCUGCAGGCCGGUCAGUACGGUGUCGCCCAAACCCGCCGCAGGGCAAUCGUCCUGGCUGCUGCUCCGGGUGAGAAGCUGCCCCGUUUCCCUGAACCGCUCCACGUAUUUGCUCCCAGAGCUUGCCAGCUGAGCGUGGUAGUGGACGAAAAGAAAUAUGUCAGCAACGUCACACGAGGUAAUGGUGGAAUCUACAGAACCAUCACAGUGAGAGACUCCAUGUCUGAUCUGCCGGAGAUUUGCAACGGUGCCGCAGCUUUGGAGAUUUCCUACAACGGGGAACCUCAGUCUUGGUUCCAGAGGCAGAUCAGAGGCACACAGUAUCAGCCAAUCCUCAGAGACCACAUCUGCAAGGACAUGAGCGCUCUGGUCGAGGCCAGAAUGCGUCACGUCCCUCUGGCUCCGGGCUCUGAUUGGAGAGACCUGCCCAACCUUGAGAUCCGGAUGAAAGACGGCAACAUGACUAAGAAGCUGCGCUACACGCAUCACGAUAAAAAGAACGGCCGCAGCGGCACCGGCGCGCUCAGAGGCGUCUGCACCUGCGCAGGAGGGAAGCCUUGCGACUCUGCAGACAGGCAGUUUAACACCCUGAUUCCCUGGUGUCUGCCCCACACGGGGAACCGCCACAACCACUGGGCCGGACUGUACGGCAGGCUGGAGUGGGACGGCUUCUUCAGCACGACCGUCACCAACCCUGAGCCCAUGGGAAAACAGGGCCGUGUUCUGCACCCCGAGCAGCACAGAGUGGUCAGUGUGAGGGAGUGCGCACGCUCUCAGGGGUUCCCCGACACCUACCGCUUCUUUGGAAACAUCCUGGACAAACACAGACAGGUUGGAAAUGCAGUUCCUCCUCCGCUGUCCAGAGCCAUCGGGCUAGAGCUAAAGAAAUGUGUCCUAGAGAGGAUGAAGGAAGAACAAGCAGCAGAGAACGUCAAACAGGAAAAGAUGGAAGUCUCUGAGUAAUCCCGUUCCAGCAAAAUUCAAUUCUAGAAAUCCUGAUGUUGGGGAUUUUUUUUUUGUUUUUUUUUAAAUACAUUGGCUGUCAGCUGUCACUAAGUGACCACCGUGUU